AUGAAGAAGAGGCAUCUUCACCGGGGCGUCACAGUGGUGCGUGAGGUACCGCGGAGGGGUCAGGGUGCUCGGCAUGCGUACACCGCGUCUCCGUCUGGUGCCUGGGCACCGCUUCGCAUCCUCGUGUCGACAUUGGACCUGGAGGAUGAACGUAGGUAUUGUACUGCCUUAGGGCAGCAUCGUCCAAGCUUCAUUGGCGGUAAUGCUGUGUGCUACGGAGUACAUGUCCUGACUCCGGAGAAGAAAAGGGUGCUUGACCGCACUAUCCCGGUGGCCGUGAAGUUGCACACGGAUCGCCUUCUUGUGCUGCCUGUGGUUGAAUUAUUAAAAGUUCCUGCUUUAUCUGCUGAAAAUCCUUGUUUCCACUUUACUGUUCCCUCAACUCACCACAGUCCUGGUGUUGAGGGGUACGACACGGUGUUGUACGCAGCUGCAGGCCCGUCGCUCGGUGGCACCACUGUAGCGUGGACAUCUGUAUGUGCACAUCUCCCUGGAGGCCGUCCGGCGCUUGGAGCCAUGUAUUUUGCUCCAGAGAAAAUUGACGAUGGCCCUGUGCUGGCGCGCGUCGCUGCACACGAGAUGGCACAUGCACUCGGUUUUGAAAUCGAUUUUUUGAAGGGGCGCAACAUGGUUACUGUGCUGCCCUUGGUGCGAGGCAAGCGCAAGGUGUCCGUGGUGUCCUCUAGAAAAGUAUCUGAGUGGGCGAAAGUACACUAUAACUGCACAAGAGCCAUUGGUAUGGAGCUGGAGGAUAACGGUGGUGAUGGGACGGAGCUGUCGCACUGGAAGCGGCGUAACGCAAGGGACGAGUUGAUGAGCCCAAUUGUAAGCACUGGCUAUUACACCGCACUGACGAUGGCUGUUUUUGAAGACACGGGUCACUAUCGCGCUAAUUGGGGGAUGGAGGAGCCGAUGAGUUGGGGUAGGGACGCCGGCUGUGAAUUCCUGGAGGAGAAGUGCGUCAAGGACGGUCACACGAAGUAUCCUGAUAUGUUCUGCACAGCAGGUUCUCCAAAGUUUGUUUGUACUUCAGACCGUAUGGCGCUGGGAACGUGUGGAUUGUAUAGGUUCUCGCAAGACGUUGCGUGGGAGUACCAAUACUUUGCGGACCGUCGCCUUGCUGGUGGUCGUGGCGGCUUUAUGGACUACUGCCCCAUUAUUGUGCCAAAUGAAGUUUCCCUGUGUAGCGGCAAAACAAAGAGCACUGUGCGCGGGAGUCGCACCGGCCCUUCUUCUUGGUGUCUAAAAGGUGUCUCUCUGCGAGAGGGUGUGAAGACUGUUGGCGAUGUGUGCGCGGAGGUGGUGUGCGACAACGGGAUUGUCAAGGUGCGGUACGCUGGCAACACGCAGCUGCAUGUCUGCAAGGAAGGAAGCAUGCUUCAAGCAACAGGGACAUUCACGGGCGGCUAUAUUGUCUGUCCAAAGUAUGCAGAAGUGUGCACCAUUGCUCCAAACGGCAGUAGUCUCAUUACAAUUCCACCCGCAGCAACAGAAGAGGAACGCGUUGAUUUGGACGAGACAAAGCCGAAGGAUAGUGUUGGUAUUCGUGGUGAUGGAGGUCAAGAAGGAAUCGAUGAGGCUGCUGUGGAUGCCGAGUCGAGUGCCGCCGUUGAUACCGUUUCUGAAGAGCCGAAGAAAAGCAGUGAUGCCGGUAACAAUGAAACGGUGGGAAGUAACAGUGAUUCAUCUGGUGCUGUGACGGCAAUGGAGGAGAGCAGUACUGAUGACGAGUCAACAGAGGGAAAGAGCGGUAUUAACAGUUCGGACGCACAGAAGCCGGACGAACCUAUUGACAGUGGCGCUCCGCAACCGAACGAAGGCAGUGAGGCUGCUGCCGGCACUGAUGCCAUUGACCCUGUGAAACCCUACGGAGACCUCACUACCAAAGACCAAGCCAAAUCUCCACACAAGGAUGACGUUGCUGAUACCAUGCGGAGAAGAGACUUUCUGGAACGUCGUAGGGAGGCUUUUCAGGGUGUUGAGUUGCAUGCUCUUAAUGUUGAAAUGGAGGGUAUCAACGAUGAAAGCAUUAUUACUGAUUUUGUGGUUCCAUUUUUGCUUCUGUUCCUCACCACAGCAGCCAUAGUUGCUCUCUGA